GAUGAGAUGGAGAAGAAGAUUUCGGAGUGGGUCGCCAACUUAUCCCUGGGUGAGGAGGAAGAGGUUGCUAUGUACAUCCCCAAGGAUGAGCAAGAAGUCGCCAUGAAGAAAUGGGAAGCAGAAGAAGAUGUUCUGACGCGGCGGGCGAUGGAGGAUGAACAAAGGAUGGCGUGGAAGCUUGCAGUGAUGAGGGAGAAAAAGAGAAGAGUGGAGGCGGCGAAUGCAGCAAUGCAAGAACUAGCGGAGGUGAGGACUGCCUUAACAACCCAAUUGACUCCGCAAGUAGAUCUCCAACGCAAAGUGGAGAUCAUCGCCGAGAGCAUUGACCGGUUAGCUAAAAUGCAAGAAAAGCACUAUGAGUUUAGUCGCAGCCAUGAGAUAUCCGUGCGCGUCAAGGUGGCCGCUCCCAAGGAGGAGAAGGCCCGUCCUAGCAGGGAGCCAGUCAAAGUCAAAUUCUCUGAUUCCUACAGUGGGAAAAGGGAAGAGAACUUUGACAAUUGGGAGACCAAUGUUAAGACCUAUGUGCAUUUGCAACAGGUCUCCCCGGAUCAGCAGGUCUUAAUUGCGAUCCAUGCACUUAGAGACGAGGCCGCCAAUUUCGCGAGAUCCCUUGUUCGUGCUGCCAACUGUAGUGACGAUCCAGUUGUGUACUCCUCGUUUACGUCCCUCAUUGAAUUCUUGAAGCUGCUGCGCGAGCGAUUCGCUGAUGUUGCCCGUAGUGUCAAAGCCUCAGAUAGGCUUCAGACAAUACACUCGCGGCAAUGGAAGAGUGCAAGGGCACUCAAGGGCAUAAUGGAUGAGUUGGUGGCUGUUCCUGACCACAAGGUCACGGAAACCCAGUUGGUCAACCUUUUCUACCGGGCUAUGCCCGAAACACUGCGUGGUCACUUCUUUGACAAGAGUCAGGACCUUGCUAUGACUUAUGAUAUACUUAGCAGGGAAGUGGUCGCAUUCGAGGCGAAGUCUGCGUCGAUUUCCACCUUCUGGCACAAAGAUUUAGACAAGGGCAAAAAGUGGAAGGGCCGCACUAUCUCAGGGCAAGUCAAGACCAAGGAUAGCCUUGUGCUCACUUUAGAUGAGGGUAGUGUGGACGAGAUCCCCUACCACCAGAUUGAGUGGGGGUUCGAGGAGGAGGACAGUAGUGUGGGCCAGGGGAGGACUUACGCUGCUGUCGCGGCUGGAGGAGGCCGCAAGGAGGACGAGGCCAAGGCCAAGGGGGCCGGGCCUCAGGGAGCCGGUUCCAGGGCGAUCAGGGAGUUGGCGGCAGAGGAGGGAACCGCCAAGCAGGAGGAGACUCCCACACCACAUGUGCCUACGGCAGAGGUUGCAGGCCGGUGUCUAGACAGUUGUCCCGAGACUGUUUGUGUUAGAGUUCCGCUAGACACCUCCCUCACAGGCGUGGCGGAAGAGUUGAAGGAGAGGAGGCCCGCCUGGGCCAAGAUGAAGAAGGAGAAUAAAGGGCAGCUGAUUUUAUUAGAUGCAGAGAUUUUUAGAAGUAGAGUAGGGGCCCUAGUAGACUCAGGGGCCAACCGCAGCUAUAUUAGUAAGCAAGCGCUGCAGAAGUUGAGGCUGGGACUUAAGGUACAGAAACUGACAGACCCUAUAGUUAGUAUCCUCGCGGACAAUCGUACCAUGGUUGUAGAGGAUUAUGUAGAGGGAGUUCAGGCGUAUUUCCGCCUAGAGAAAGAUGGGAAGGUGGAGAAGGUCCUCCACUCCCUGACUCUCCUCGUAGAAGACAGCCUCCCAUUUGAUAUUGUCUUGGGAAUGGAUUGGGGAGAGGCAGCCGGGGCAACGCUCCAUCUGAAGGAGCACGAGUGUAGACUCCCUAGUUCUGCAGGCGAGGCUAAGACUGCCCGCCUGUUUCAUGUGUCAGGAGUAGAGAAUUCCUUGGCACAUUGCUGCCUUAGUGCCCCUGCGUUCGCCAGAUUGGUGAAGAAGGAGAAAUUAGAGGAACAGUUAUUUGUUGCCUAUGUUAGGCCCGUCACUGAGCCUACGGAUGAGAAGCCGAUGGACCUUGCGAUUGCCAAGCUGCUGGACGAGUUUAAGGAUUUGACUGAGCCGCCGACAGGCACGGUGCUGCGGCCCAUCCAGCACCGUAUCGAGAAAGAGACUGGCAGUAGAACUCCUAAGGGUGCUGUGUAUAGGAUGUCCCCGCGGGAGUUAGAGGAGCUUCGCAAGCAAUUAGACGAGCUCCUCGAGAAGGGUUGGAUUAGGCCCAGUUCGUCUCCUUUCGGAGCGUCUGUUCUCUUUGUUCCUAAGAAAGAGGGAGAGCUGAGAAUGUGCAUAGACUAUAGAGGUCUGAAUGCUAUUACAGUAAAGAAUGUUGAGCCACUGCCUAGGAUCGACGAUCUCUUAGAUCGAGUGCAGGGGGCUAAGUAUUUCUCUAAGAUAGACUUAAAGUCCGGAUAUCAUCAGAUAGAGGUACACCCAGAUGAUCAGUAUAAGACAGCCUUCCAGACUAGGUACGGGCAUUAUGAGUUUAUAGUGAUACCCUUUGGACUAACCAAUGCGCCAGCAACUUUUCAGCGGUGUAUGAAUGAUUUCUUUAGGCCGUGGUUAGACAAAUUCGUUGUAGUUUAUCUAGAUGACAUUCUAGUGUUUAGCCGGACCCUCGAAGAGCAUCAAGGUCAUCUCAGGCAAGUCUUGGAGAAGCUGAGAGAAGCUAACUUCAAGAUCAAUGCAAAGAAGUGCGAUUGGGCGAAGACCCAAGUUUUGUAUCUAGGUCACGUCUUAGACGGAGACAACGUUAAGCCAGAAGAUAGCAAGAUCGUAGCGAUUAGAGAUUGGCCCACGCCACGUACGCUGACAGAGUUGUGCUCGUUCCUGGGCUUAGCGAAUUACUACAGGAAGUUCGUGAGGAAGUUCUCCACCAUCGCUGCGCCCCUUCGCAGAUUGCUGAGAAAAGAGACAAUCUGGAAGUGGGACAAGGACUGCACGUUUGCCAUGAAGAAGCUAAAGCAGGCGUUGAUAGAGUAUCCGGUCCUUAAGGUCGCCGAUCCGUCCUUGCCUUUUGUCAUUACUACGGAUGCUAGCCAGUACGGCAUAGGCGCAUUGCCACGCCUGCCGGAGGCUGGAUCCCUGCCACGUGAGAUGCUGCCACGUCAGCAGGUGACACAGCGACCUCCACGUCAGCAGUCGCCACGUCAUCAAACAGCCCCAGCAGUUGCCACGUCAGCGACCUCCACGUCAGCAGCCGCCACAUCAGCGGCUGCCACGUCAGCAGGUGACACAGCAGCAGGUGACACAGCAGCAGGUGACACCGCAGGAGCCGUUCGAGGAGGACAUGACCUGCCCAAGGGACCACGUGGUGUGGACUUGGGUGACUCCUGGGAAGAUUCUGUCGGGCAAUUCUCGCUGGUCGAGAAGGCUGCGCUGCAAGAUCUGCAACAAGGAGUACAAAGGGAACCGGAAGCAUGCGUGGGAGAACUUCAGGUGGCCCGCACACGCAGACCAGGGAGGCAGAUGGGCAUCAAGAGGUUCACGAAGAACCCAAGGCAGGAGGAGAUUGAUAACUCCUGCUGCGAGUUCUUCGUGGAGAACGCCAUCCCGUUCAACGCCGCCAAGAGCAGGAGCUUCAAGAAGUUCACGCUGGCGUGUUACGGACCACAACCUGCAGCGAGCCACCCUCUUGUGCCUACUGGGUACAACCCUCUCAGGUAUUGGUUGUUGGAUCGCCUCAACAACAGGUUGCAGGAGGAAGAGCAGGCGAUCCGUGACGACUUGCAGGUCACAGGCUGCACGUUCAUAACCGAUGGGACCACAGACAUUUGUGGUCGAUCGCUUAUGAACUACAUCCUCGCAUGCCGGGAGUGGGGGGUGGAGAAGAUCACGGUUGUCUGCACGGACUCUUUUGCGGGCAACACGAGUAUUGCGAGGAUGCUAAGGGAGGACCCUGAGUUCAGCCAGAUAUACUGGAUCCCUUGCACCGCUCACUAUAUGGACCUCCUCAUGCACGACCUUUGCAAGAAGGAGUGGGCGGCCGAGAUCAUCAGCAAGGCGAACAGAGUGGUCAACUUCUUCCGGGCUCACAGGUGGCCCAGAUCAACGCUGAGAACGACACUUGUGACGUUCCCGGACUUGAAAUGCAGCUGCCUCCUCCGACCGGCGGCGACGAGGUUUGGGACGCACUACGUGAUGCUGCAGCGGCUGGAGGUCUGUGAAAAGGCCAUUAGACGGAUUGUCACCGGGCAGGAGUGGGAGGCGCAACUGUGUCGUGGGGACAUCAGGGGUAAGGCAUCGUUCGUGGAGGAGGCAGUUCUUGACAGGGCCUUCUGGGCUGACGUCAAGAAGCUGACUACAGUCACGAAGGGGCCCUAUAACGUGUUGCGCGAGGUGGACAAAGAUGUCCACUGCUUGUCGCGCAUUUACGAUAUGGUCUGUCGACUGCCCGACUUUGUCCGAUCAGCCCCCCUUACCGCAGAGCAGCGAGAUGACAUGCUCAGGGACGUCGGGAACAGGACAGACAUGCUGCUCAGCCCCAUCCAUGCUGUUGCUCGCCUGUUGGAUCCUCAGUUGAGGGACAUUACUUUCGGGAGAGGAGUCUUCGGCACCCCACAGGCGAAGAAACGAGUUGCGAAGGACAAUGCAGUUUUGUGGUGGGAGGCGCACAGGGCGGGGCAUCCGGAGAUCCGCGAGCUGGCGAUUAGGGUCCUUUCGAUCUGGACGACUUCCUCUCCUGCUGAGAGGAACUGGAGCACUUGGGCUCUGGUGCAGACGAAGUGGAGGAACAAGUUGCACCACCAGCGCACCAACAAAUUGGUGUCCUCACACUGGAGCUUGAGGCUCAAGAGCAAGGGGGAUGAGGGGCCCAUGAUAGCAGGAGGGUGGUUGGGGCUCUUAGCUGACUGGGAGGACGAGGACCUGGGGGGUGAUUUGGCGAAUGUCGUCGAGGCCGUUGAUGACUACGAGCAUGCUGUUGGGGGCGCCAAUUCUGCGGUGGGCAGCACUACUGCUCGCCACGAUGUAGCUUGGCCAUCGGCAUCGAGGUCCAUGCAGAGAUCAGCGCAUGCGGAGGAGGUCGAGGAGGAGGAGGAGGAGGAGGAGGAGGAGGAGGACGAGGAGGAGGAUGACAUUCCUGGCGAGGAGUGGGUGGAUGAGAGGUCGGACUCCAACAAGUCUUGGACGAGGAGAGACGACGCCCCGUGUGUUGGAGGCACACGAUCUGGACUGCGAUCCCGGACUCAACCGUGUGGGGAGGAGCAGCUGGUGCAGGAGCAGCUGGUGCAGGAGCACCAGACAGUUACGGCGCGCCGGUUGGUUAAAGAGGCCCGAGCAGGCCGCGUGACGGUACCGGGAGAAUCCCGUGUACUUGGAUUCAGACUUCCGGGAUGGGACAGACUGUGACAGACUGUCGGUCACACAAACUGUGACAGACAGUCUGUCACACAUACUGUUGGGCACAGUCUAUGUGUGCUGCCCAACGGACUGUAUGUCACAGUCUGCGUGUGCUGCCCAACGG